AUGGAGCAAAGGGAUUCUAACCUCAACUUGGAGAAUUACAAUGAAAAACAAAUAGAGGAAGGAGAAUCUUCUAAUAGUUUUGCCAACUUAGAAGUUGAUUUAUCUCAAAGAUAUGUAGAAACAAUUCCUCAAACUCCUUUUGUCGGAGAUUGUGCUCCUUACAGAGAAUAUGACAGAAUAAUUUCUUUAAAUUUAUCAACCAAUCGUUUUAUUCAUUUUCCUUUACUUGUUUGUCAAUUCAAAAAUUUAAGAAGAUUAGAUAUUUCAAAUAAUCAAUUGGCCUCUCUUCCAAAAGACUUUUCUUCUUUAAAAUGCCUAACCCAAUUAAGUCUUCGAAAUAAUCUUCUCGAAUGUUUACCUUUCGAAUUUCAACAAUUAAAAUUAUUAGAAGAAUUAAAUAUUUCUGGAAAUUUAUUAGAGCAAUUCCCUUUUGAAUUAUUGCAAUUAAAACAAUUAAAAAUACUUUAUUUGGGUGGAAAUUUAAUUGAAUAUAUUCCAGCAGUUAUUGCUAAAUUAAAAAAUCUCAAAAUUUUGUAUGUUGGUGGUAACCGUUUAAUUACAGUUCCAGAUUCUAUUGGUGCUCUUUCUGAAUUAACUUCUUUGGGUUUGGCUGAUAAUCGUUUGGAAAGUAUUCCGACAAGUAUUGCAAAUUUACAUAAAUUAACAACAUUAUCUUUGCAUAAUAAUAAAAUAAAGGUUUUGCCCCCAGGCAUUGCUCGUCUCAAAAAUUUAGAACAAUUAAGUCUUCGAAAUAAUCCUUUAGUUACUGAUUUUGUUAAUGAAAUUUUAUUAGAACCGCCAACAUUAAAAGAAUUAGCAGCGAGAAUUGUUAAAAUUCGUUUUUCAAUAAAUAUAUACAGAAAUUUAAUUCCUUUAGAAUUGGUUAAUUAUUUAAAUACUGCCAAUCAAUGUGUAAAUCCAAAAUGUAAAGGUGUUUAUUUCGAAUCUUGUUCUGAAUUAGUCAAAUUUGUUGAUUUUUGUGGAAAAUACAGAGUUCCCCUUCUUCAUUAUCUUUGUUCUUCAAAAUGUUCAACAAUAGAGCCAGCCUACGCCUAUACUUCUUCCUCUUCAGCAGAAUCUGACGAUGAUCAACGGCCAAUGUCUUCAACUUAUGCUAAAGAAAAGAUGAAAAAAGUUUUGUUGGGAUGA